UCAACACCGCAUUGCACUCGUGUUGAGGCGAUACUGCGUCGUUCACUUAGGAGUCUGGCACUCGUCGACAGCAGUUCGCAAGAACAGUGAUGCGUCUGAGAUGCGAUAUGAGAAGAGGGUGCAAGUUCAAGUCGGCGUUGCCGUGCGCUGUGUUGUGCGUUGUCGUCUGUGCAGUGCUAUACUCGUUCCAUGUCUUCAGUCACAGUAAUAUGACGUAUCCUGGUCACUACUCGCCAAUGCGAACUUAUCGCGUCCUUAUGUGGCACAGCUUUAGGCGCGACUUUUUUCAUCGCAUGUUCGGACACGAUGCCGUCAAGGGGUGCCCGUUUGCAUGCAACUUCAGCCAAGACCGAGCUGAGCUGGACAGCAGCGACGUGGUCGUCUUGCAAAGCUUCUUCAAGUCUUUCUGGAACAGCCUGCCUCGCCGCCGCCGAAUGGCCCAGGCUUGGCUGUUGUACGCCAUGGAGCCUCCACACAGGCUUCCCUCGAACCCUUCGCGGUUGGACGAGCUGGCCAUCAAUUGGACUCUCUCGUACCGUUUCGACGCCGACGUCGUACACAGGCACAGCUUCAAGACGGUGCGCAGGAGAACGAGCGGCGUCGAUCACUCAUUAUUGGCGCCGCAACCGAAGGUGAGACCCGUCGCGUGGAUCGUGUCCAACUGCAAGAGCUUCAGCCGCCGCGAAAGCUACGUGCAGGAACUGCAGAAGUUCGUGCCCGUGGACAUAUUCGGUGGCUGCGGACAGCGGCGCUGCCGCGAACAUCGCUUCGGCUGCUACCGGGAAAUCGCAGCAAACUACUCCUUCUACCUGGCUUUCGAGAACUCCAUCUGCAAAGAUUACAGCACCGAGAAGCUGUUCCUACCGCUGCUCAACUCCAUGGUGCCCGUCGUGAUGGGCGGCGCCAAUUACUCGGCGGUGGCGCCUCCGGGGUCGUACAUAAACUUUGCCUCUUUCAGGACAGCUCGAGAAUUGGCAGCGUAUCUGCUGGAGCUGCAGGGACGCCCCGAGCAGUACAGGCGCUACUUCGAGUGGAAGAAGCAGUACGCCAUUGAAAGGCCCCCCUUCGGUUGCACCGUGUGCGAGCAGAUUCACCGGCUCUUCACACAAGGAACCGCGAGAAAAAGAACCAGUUUGUACAAGUACCUCUGGCAAGAGGCAGCUUGUACCACGUGGCAGGGAUUGCUCAACAGAACCUGGUCUUGACGUACUGCUGCAGUGGUUCGAAUACGGCAGUGGGGCUGCAUUUAGAUGUGGUAGGAAUGCACGCCUACAUCUUCAGCUGAUCGUUAAAGAUAUCCGGGUGGUCGACUUAGACCCCCAGAUAAGAAAGAGCAAAUCGGUUCGGUCACUAUUCGCCAUAUUUAUGAAAUUUAGGCGCCGGUUUCGGGCCUGUAGUUCCAAACCUCCUGCGCAUAUAAGUUCAUUACGCUGAAAGUUACAAAUUUUAGCGGUAGGAACACGUAUUUUCUAACAAGCAACAAGUGCAACCUAGUGGGAAAUUCAUUGCACUUCAUUGGUGCUAUGCGCACCAAAAUACCCGUAAUUCAGCCAUUAAUUGCUCUAUGCACGUUAAAAAUCGCAAUUCGUAAAUACUGACUUUUGUUAUUGCACUUUAUUUUGAGAAAAUUUUGGCUUCAGCAGCACCAUUGCACUUCAAAACUGCGUUGAAAGAAAUGCGUUUCAUAAUAAGCGUUGUAAUUUGGAAACAGGGUAUAAAAAUAAGCCCGACUCUAUUUAAUUGAAUAUCGCUUUUGUUAAACUUUGUGGAAUUUGGGGGUUCGCAUAAUUUGCACAGUGGCAUUUUCCUGCCCUUGACCGUCGUUCACUUGCCGCUAAGACGGACUCUAGCGCCCCCAAGCUUUCGGAGGGUAGGUUGUGCUCUGCUCGAAAAACAUCACGACAUAUUCACAAAGUGAAUGAUGCCUGGGCGAAGCAGCAAAACCGGUGUUACCGUCAAUCACCCGUGACGUUGACUAAUCACGCAUAUAAAUGAGUGACAAAGCGGUGUGCAGUUAUGUAAUAAAUGGUAUGUUGUAUUGUUAAUUUCC